AGUUGGCGUGGUUGACUGCCUUAUUUUCCAUUUUUUGCGUGUUUUCCCUAUUUGCAAAUUAUCGGCGCAAUCACACGUCACUUGUAGUGUGUUUCGAAUGCAAGUGUUCUUUUUCUGUGUCAUUUGAGCUUUUAAAGUACACCCCUGUCUAAUUGUCAGUUUCACUCCGAAGAAUGCUUUGCCUGUCACAAGCCACUGAAACUGAAUUGCUCUUGCCGCUUGAUUGACAGAAAGUCUCCUGUUUAUUUAGCCGUAUUUUAUGAUGUUAAGAUUUAGAGGUAAAAAAAUCUUGAAAACUUUGAGGGAGCUUGAUGUGUUUCCGAAAGUUAAUAACACUUAUGUUAGAUCGUCGAAAAUAGGAGGUUUAAUUUCUAUCAUUGCAACAAUCAUUGUUGUAUGGUUGACAAUAGCCGAAAUUCGUUACCAUAUGCAAUCAAAAUUCAAUUACAAGUUUGUACCUGACGUAGAUUAUGAUACAAAGCUUUCAAUCAAUGUUGAUCUAACGGUUGCCAUGUCGUGUGUUAAUAUUGGAGCUGAUAUAGUUGAUUCAACAAGCCAGCCAAUGUUCAAAUUUGGAACUUUGGCCGAAGAGGACACAUGGUUUGAACUAGAUGAAGAUCAGCAACGGUAUUUUGAUAAUGUCAGACUCUAUAAUACACACCUCACAGAGUCCUAUCACAGUCUCAAAGAUCUUUUGUGGAAGUAUGGUUAUACUAAAGUUUAUAAGGGAGUUCCUCCCAGGAAAGUCAAACCCGAGAGGCCGACAGACGCUUGCAGAAUUCACGGAACCAUGAUUCUUAACAAAGUUUCUGGAAAUUUUCACAUAACAGCCGGCAAAUCCCUAUCCCUCCCGAGUGGUCAUAUCCAUAUUUCUGCCUUCAUGACUGAUAAUAAACAUAAUUUUAGUCAUAGGAUCGACAGACUAUCCUUUGGUGAAGCGAGUCCUGGAAUCAUAAAUCCUUUAGAUGGAGAUCACAAAGUCACAACACAGAGUAAUACCUUAUACCAAUACUUCAUUGAGGUCGUGCCAACGGAUGUACAAACAUUUCAGUCACGAGUUCAAACCUACCAGUAUUCUGUCAAGGAGUUGACCAGAUUGAUUGAUCACGAUGCUGGAUCUCAUGGAGUCUCAGGUAUAUUCUUCAAGUAUGAUACGAGUGCUCUAAAAGUCAUCGUGAAGGAAGAUUACGACUCCUUCUUGAGGUUUUUCAUCAGGUUAGUGGCAACCAUUGCUGGGAUCCUAAUUGUCUUUGGCAUUCUGAAAGAAGUUAUCGAGCAUUUCUUUGGUUCCUACCUCUCUGAGCCGGACCAAGCGCCUCGGCUGGACAAUGAGAAAGUAGUCAAGAUAAUUGAAGUUCCUCCACCUGUUGCAUCACUUAUUCCAGAGAGUGUUGUCUCGUAAAAUUAAAAAAAAAAAGUAACUCAAAUGUGAAUGUCUUGACAACUUUAAAUACUUCAGAUUCUGUUCUGUAUCUUAAGUCUGUCUGUGAACAUUGUCUCAUAGAAUUUUUUCCUCAUAAUUUUCCAUGCACCAGAAAAGUUUUCAGGUCUGCCAGUAGUUUAUUAUUUUUGUUGAAAAAUGAUAAGCACAUUUGUGUAUUUUUUCUCUACUGAAUUUGAAUCUCAUAAGAAUUAUUCAUUAUGUAACUGAAUUCGAAGAUUACUCCUCAUUCUGCUGUCAUUUGUAAUUUUAUCUACCUUGACAAUGUUGGAUAGAUAGUUCUCUUUUCUUCUUAUGUGCUAGUGUUGGCACAAUUUUCAAAUUUUUCACCGUCAAUAUGUAUUUCUUAACUGACUUGUUAAAGCUGAAUUAUUGGUAUUUAAAGUUGAAGAUACGAUCCUUGAAGGUUGCUUUACGUGUUGUCUCUCUUUUUUCUAAGGGGUAAGGAUGUUAGUUUUUCAUGUUAGGCUGGAGUUAAAAAAAAUUGUCUUUGUUAAUUAAGAAACUUUGCUUAGAUGUAGAUAAAGGGUUGACUGGAUAAUCGAUGAUCUUUGAUCACCAAAAGCACUGACAGCUUUUUGAUUAUCCAGCCUGAUAAAAACACAACAGCAGCAUUAACAGAUACGAUCAAUCUAUCUCGUGACUUAAUUUCAGCAUAGGGUCAUUCUUAAAUUCUAAAUUUACCUUUGUUAACUCUCUCCCGUUACCAAUUCUCUUUACUAUUUUAUAAUUUUUGGCCAGAUCUUCCCAAAAUAGUAAUCAUAUGCUAACUCAGACUGACCUCUUGCUCCCCAAUUAGCAAUUUUCUUCAAAAAAAAAAAAAAAAGAAAGAAAGAAAGAAAGGAAAAGCUUUUACUUUAUUGGAAGGAUUGGGAUAUCUAUUUGAUGAAGCAAAGUAAAAUUUUUUCAGUUAAUGGGAUACAUUUUUCACAAACCUGGAAAUUAAUACCGUCCCAUCAAAACCGCUCUAAACAGUAGGAAAAAAAGCUCUUCGAAAAUUUAAGAAUAACUGUUUAAAUUUGUUCUGCAAUGUCUUGCCAAAUGUCACUUUCUUACCCAGUAAAGCUUUAUAACAGUGGCAGAGACCGCCUUUUAGUUUAAUCAAGUCCCACCAGUAUCAUUGGCUUAGAAGAAUUUACAACAAUCCAUGCCACUGAACAUUGUCAUCAUCUCUUUUCAAGUUUGAUUUUUGUGAAAACACUUGGGAAUUUUGUUUCAAGAUCUGAAUUCAUACUGAUUCAGUAUUAAGUUUUGUCGCAAGUCGGUAAUCUUUUAAGAGUGUGCUCUAAUCUAAUUAAUUUUAAGUGAAACUGUGUAAAUUGACAUUAUGUAUUUUAAUGUACAUAUGUAUAACAGUUUGAGUCUGUGAUAAUUUAUGUUUUAAUAAAAUUUCGUUUUCUUAA